AUGAAGCAACAUAUCAGCCAACUCGAACAGAAGGAAUACUAUAUUCUUGUUGCAGGUAAGUGAUGAUGGAGAAUUUACUCAAAACAACCACAUUAGAUUUUUUUCCUGGCCUCCAGGCUUAUGAAAUUCCGCAACUGACAGAAUAUUGGCCCAUUUCAGACAGGUUUAUAGUAUUGUUUCAUCUUGGUCAGAAGGAAACUAGCAUACCACGCUUGGCGGAAGGCACAAGGAUAUUAAGCUCGUCCUGUUUCUUUCUUCUUUAAUAUAACAGACUCUGACAGGACAUUGCUAGAGUCCGCUAGAAUCAGUCCGAGAGUGGUCAAAGAGAAGAGAAGCGAGAAAAAUAAAGUUUUUGCAAGUAGAAAAGUUCCACUAAAAGCAAAUAUUCUUCUCUCAGUUUUCUUUGACCACUCUCUAACUGACUCUUAUUAACUCUGAUUCUCUAACUCUGAUCUACCAACUGCUAUUUCUAUAGUACUUUCUUUAAUAUUAACUAUCGAUAGGCAUGAGUGGAGGUGCCGGCCAACUAACCUUGAAGGAUAUUAAAAAACCCCUUUCACGAGACUCUCUCGAAUAAACAAAAAUGUAACUCAUGCUUCCAGUCACACAAACAGUUUUAGAAAGUACAUCUGGAUGAAAGUAUUUUUUGUUUAUUUUUGUUUUUGUUUUUGUCUUGUUGUUUUAGGCGAGGCAAGUGCUGGAAAAAGCAGCCUGAUAAAUCUCAAUCUGGGAGAGAGGCUUCUUCCAUCUUCCUCACUUAGCACAACUUCCACGCUAUGUGAAUUGAAGUACGGCGAGGAAAGAAAAAUUGUGGCGCACCUUAAAGACACAGAUUCGAAAACAGGCCUAACAUCGACCAUAUUUCUUGAGAAUCCAACAGAAUCUUCGGGGAAAAGCUAUCUCCAGCAGAUAUCACCUUUUGUCCACGUGAAGGGUGCAGACCGUGGGAAAGGUACAAUUUACAAAAAGGUUGAAAUCUUCUGGCCUCAUCAAUUGUUGAAGGUAAGUAUUCAGUUAACCGUUAAAUGUCUUCUGUAAAUCGAAACAUUACGGAAAUACUUAAAAGUAUGUAAUACCCUCCUUUGCCUAGGAACGUCAACUGAGCUAGCCACUAGUGUUGUCUCACAGUUCUUUCCCGUAUAAAGUAUUCCAUAGGUUGACAUGGAAAGUUGAACCCCCAUCAGUAAUCAAGAUUUUGGUUUCUCCAAUCAGCUAUCAUGAACAUCGAGACCAAACUUGGAGGUUGUUGAUUGACAACCUCGUUAGAUGAGAUGAACUGGCAUAUAUGAACGGGCUGACAUUCACUGCAGGAUUAAAACUAAUAAACUCAAAAAAAAUGAAAAUGACAUGGAUCCAUAACCAGUCCUACUGUAAGGUAUCCGCGGGUUUCGCCCAUAACGAGUUUCGCCCAAGAAGCGUUUCGCCCAUAACGAGAAUGGUUUCGCCCAUAACGAGUUUCGCCCAAGAAGCGUUUCGCCCAUAACGAGAAUGGUUUCGCCCAGGCAUAAAUUCGAUUCGCCCAGACUGACAGUCAGUGAUUAUCCAGGCUAAGGGCCUCUUUAGACAUAUGCUUUAGAUGAGCCCGGUAACCGGGCUUUUGUUUUCUGUUCAUACUGUUCGUAAUGGCGGACGUAGCGCGGGGCCUGGGAAUACUAGCACGAAAACGAGGUCGGACAGGCCUCGAUGCGUGGCGUUUAUUUAUUGCAGUAUGGCGUCCUCCUCAAGUGGUCUACAAAACAACUCUUCAAAUGCGAAAUUGCGCACGUAAGAUGACAUUCCACGUGCUUCUGUCCUUGGUCGAAAGCCUGAAGAGCUAAAAACCGCAGAAUUUCGAUUGUGGGUUAGGUGCAGUGGUGAUUUGUGCGAAGGUCUGAGAACGAAAGCAGAGCUUGUGAAACGAGUGCACGAGUACACCACAACGGGUAAAGACAGAAAUGUUGUUGAAGAAGACCAUUCUUAUUACGCACGAGCCACUAAAAGAUGGUGUGAUUUCAUAGUUUAUACUAGUAAGGGCCUUUAUGUCCAAAGGACACCAUUUGACCCCAUGUUUUAGGGACAAAACCGAAACAUGAAACAAAAGUUGUUGUCUUACUAUUUCACACAUGAUGGAAAUUGAUGGAAAUUGUCAGGUGGUCAGUACCAACAGUUGUAUGUUCUCAAUAUUUGAAUUCUCAACAAGUUAACUCAUACUUUUAUUCCUAUAUUUGAAUUUUCAACUCCUAAACACGUAAUUCAUUAUCCUACACUUUCAUUACAGCUUAGUUUCUUCUUAGUUUCUUCUUAUUAUUAUUAUUCUUCCUUUUCCUAUAUUCAAAUUCUAAAAAACUUUAAAACUUUAUUCUCUUAACUGACUAAAAUCCCCCCUAUCCUAUUUAAUUUCGAACUAUUGGUCCAUUUACAUGGGAACAAGCCUUUAGAAGCUGAACUGUUGACUUUUGGUGGCAGGCGUACUGUUCCCAGUAGCUUAAAAUUGUUGCUUGGACAGAGCGGUACUUUUUCUUUUGUAGUUUCGUUAAUUUCUUUUCAGAAACUAACCUUAUCUGUAGGGCCACAAGGCAGGCUUCCUUAUGCAGUAGGUUUAUCAGCAUGUAGAGAGGCAUCUGGGCUCUUCCUGAGGCACGUCUGUUUAGGCCGUUAUGCCACCCUUCCACGUCGUUAUUGGUGCGGAUCAGCUGUUUGUAUACACUCCAGCAGGAGGGAGGCCAGGUAGUGCUUUUAAUCCAUGUGCUGUCAACAUACUCAACAAACUUCUGCAGGGGUUCAGUGGUGGCUUGCAGCUGAAGAUCGGUAAACAUUGGUGGUAUUUCACAUGGAGGCAGAAAUGGUAAGGCCAUUAUCUUACGGAGGUACUUGAAGGUGCCAUCAUCCGAUUGGUAUGCUGUUUGAAGCCCAAGGUCUUGAAUCUGUAAUGUAAUAUAAAAAAAAAUGGUAAGAAAAUGGUCGCAGAGAUUGGGCACUCCUCCCAACUUCAGCCUUAUCCAUCAAAGACAACUACCAAUAAAUAUAGCAUAUUUUACUGACCUUUCUCCACAGAGCUUGUGUCCAAUGGAAUACACAUCCUUUCACCGUCACGUCUGGUAGGACUUCACGGAGGCAGUUCCACAUUGCUUUUUCAAAGUCAAUCAUGACCUGGUUAACCUUUGGGUCCUCUGGCAGAAGGUCUAGGAUAGUCUUCAUGACCUGAAACAGGUGUGAGUGAAUGUUUAAAGCUUACAGUUAAAAACCCUCGAGUAAGGACCACUAUUUUAUGAACCACUUGAGCCCUAACGUUUGAAACUGGUUCUUAUUUCCCCAAAUCAAUUAUAAUUGUUUACAUGUUCUGGGAAAUAAGAAAUAUUGACAUCUUCAGGGAUGGAAAAUUAAUUUUUACCGCACUCACCAUUGAGGGAGUGCCUUUAAUCAAUGCAAUAAAAAGGCUGUAUCUUCUUUGGAGAAAUGUAGUAGCCUUAUCACUAUAGUUUCCACACUUUGACUAUUAAUGCAUAUUAAUUUUACCUUUCGAUAAUCCUUUUUCUUCUUGCCAGACAUCAAGACAAAGACCAAUGGGACCUGUUUCACGUUGUCCUCGCAUCUAACAUAUGCAUUGAUGGUCCAGAGUUGGGUGAAAGGGUGGCGACACAGCUUGAAGGUACCAUCAAUAAACCAGGUCUUGGCUUUGCUGAGGAACUGAAGUUGUUUUUCGGUGGCAAAGACAAGAUGGCGUCUAUCUUUGACAGUCACAUCUGCUUGAAAGAAGCCAUCAGGAAUGUGAUCUUCUUCCAAACUAAAAUCCAGGUCUACUGGGUCUUUGGGUCUGGAGUUUUGUCUAAGCCGGUUUGCAGCUUGUGCCAAUAACUUUGGUUUUGAAAGGCCUGGACAUGGUCCAUCAAGUUUCUCAAGGAGGACCUAUAAAAAUGAAGAGGGGAAAAAUUUCAAUAAGGGGAUUUACACAUGGCACUGCUCAAACUGCAUUUGCUAGAGCUGUCUCCUUUUUAUUUCACACACUGUAGAUAAAUAGAUAUUUAAUUUAAAGUACCUCAUUAACAAUAGCUGGUGCAGGUUUGAACAAAUCUUUCAUUGCUUCUGCCUUUACUGCAACCAUGAUCUCUACAGCAGUGACUGCCCCUGCAGCUGGCUGAUGGUUGUGACUGGUGCUGUUGGAUUGGAAACUACUGCCGCGUUCUAUCACCAAUGCCUUGCAGGGAUUUACUUUGGGCCUCACCGAACACUGCCAGUAAACGACGUUCACUCCUCGUGACUUGAUAUUGUAUGUGUAUCCAUUGCUGUCUAUCAGUUUCACUUUGCCCCGCUUCGAGCCCUGCUCCACUAUCUUGUAGGUUACUGGGAAUUCACCAACUGGACACUCAUGGAUAGUGGGGUCCUCGAUCGAGUCUUCAAAAUGGUCUAGUGUCACAUCUGAAAUUAAAGUAACACAGAGAAGUCAAUAACUUUUCAUUUAACUUGUCUGUUAUAUUCCACAAACGAAACAAACUUGAAUUUAUGAACUGCACAUAGCUGAAUUGUCUGAAAACCAAGUAUUUCUUCCAUUUUAAAUUCCUUUCAAAAUUGUGACUGUCUGCAUUAUUUUACAAGGUUUAGACAUGCAAAAAAAUAUUCUUAUAAUAUUUAUUUAUUCAUUUAUUUAUUUAUUGACACAAUACAUGUCAACGAAAUAAAACUUUACUUACCAACAGUGCUCCUUUCUUCAAUUUGCGGAGUGGGGUCCUCUGUUGGGUUCUCAGUUUGGUCUAAUGUCUCAUCUGAAAUUAAAGUAACACAGAGAGGUCACUAACUAUUCAUUUAACUUGUCUCUGUGAAAAUGAUGACAUGAGUAAUGUUUUUUGUGGUUUCUCUUAAGUGUCAUCAAAACCAUAAAAUCUAAAGUUUAGACAUUCCAAAAAAAUUGUAUAAUAUUUAUUUAUUUAUUUAUGUCAUAAUUUACCCACAAUACAUGUCAAGGAAAUAAAAUUUUACUUACCAACAGUGCUCCUUUCUUCGACAAAAGAUUUGCAACGAAGAUAUGUUCCACGCGCAAGUGUUUUCAAAAGCGUUUAAUUUAAUUCUCGAGAAGAAAAGUGAUGCAAAAAAAUCAUAGCAAUGCUUUUACGACAAACGGACGUCUCUGCAGUAUUUCGUGCGCGAAUUACCUUAACAAUCCCCGCUCCACAGUGGAAGCUGUAAUUGACUUGUUCGUUUCAACAGUAACUUGUUCGUUUCAAAAUUUCAUGAUCUCAGGUCAAGUCACUUUUCUUCAUUCUGUGCAUACAAACGUUUAUAAGGUUGACGUUUUCCGAGUGAGAGUGUAGAAGUUUUACUUAUGGGCGAAACCUUUAUUGUUCUGGGCGAAACCAUUCUCGUUCUGGGCGAAACGAUAUGGGCGAAACUCGUUAUGGGCGAAACCCGCUAUAACCUACUGUAAAUAUCAACCAUUUUGAGUGAAUAAAAAAAUUGGUUCAAUCUCCAAUUGCAGUUGAUAGUUUUCUAGACCUAAAUUAUGCCAAAGAGAACAAUUCGAACAAUCUAGAUGAUUGUCUAUUGUAGAUAAUUAUUCAGCGUUAAUUUCUGUGUUUUAGAAAGGUGUCACUAUCAUUGAUAGUCCUGGUGUUGGAGAAUCGGAAGUCAUGGACGAAGUAGUGACAGAGUAUCUUCCUCAAGCCUUUGGAUUUAUUUAUGUCAUCAACAGCGCAAACGCUGGAGGGGUUCAGAAAGACAGGGUAAGUAGCUAGUGCAAUGUGGAUAGCAGUGAAAUUAAAAUUUUAGAAAAGAAAAAAUAGUAUUACAAAGGACGAAUCAAAGUGAUGAUUAAACUUUUAAAGUUGACUAUUUUUUUAAGUACUUUGUAGCCAUUUUGUGUUAAUUGACAACUUUUUGAUUAAUACAAAGCUUGUAUCUUUGCUGAGCGAACUGGGCAAGAUAUCGCGUGAAAGACAAGAAGAGUUUCCCUCCAAAUGUGCUUUGUUUGUAUGCAACAAAUGGGACCAGAUUCCAGAGGACGAAGCCGACGAUGUUAAGGCACACAUAAAGACCAAGUUAAAAGAGUGGUGGCCUGAUCUUAUUCCUGAAUCCCAGAUCACCUACAUAUCUGUAAAAAAUGCUCUCGGUGCUCAGAGCCGUGGAAAGAUUAAAACCGACUUCAUCACCCUGAUGAAUGGGAUCCGUAUUUUUGUUCUAAAAUGCAUUGAGCAAAGGUUGGGAAUUCACUGGAGGUAAGUUCAUGCCUUCUUUUGAUUAUGGAAUUAGGUGUUAUAGUUUUAUUGUGGUUAUAACUGUUAAACAAAGUCAAAUGAUUAAAAAAGAGACAGAAACUUUAGAUUAGUAACAUAAGAAGAACUUUGAAUUAAUUUUUUAUAUCACGGUCAUCCAAACUCCAACACUAAUGGGCAAACUCUUUUCGCGGUCCGAGUUUUAAAUCGUAUAUGUUAAGUAACUUAAAGGAUUAAAACGAGCCAGGUCAUUUACAAUGGGAAAUGAUCAUUACGUUGCUUAUUUAGUGAUUUGCUGAUUAUUGCUUUGUAUGUACCUAGUUCGUUCUAAAACUACGAGUUAUAAAAAUACAAUCAGAGUUAUAAUUCUCUUUUCAUUUCCUUAUUUCCUUACAGAUGGCUUGAUUUUGUAUUUUACCAACUAAUUUGUCAAACAAAGAUGGUUACGAUGAACGCCACUAGAGAUCAUAAGAAAGUCAACAAGAACAUGACCACCAUACUUUAUCGUCUGGAAGUGCUUGAGAGACAACAAACCCAACUUAUUGAUAGGAUUCGCAUAGAUAUGACAGCCCAAGCCAACGAGGUCGAAACAAAGCUCUGCGAAUUUCUCAAUUCAGAGGAUUUGGGAACACAAUUCAUCUAUCGAUUUUACGGAUCUGCUCCAUCCGUAAGUGAGCUGGACGAAGAGCUGCAAGUAAUUUUGCAACAGUGGGAAGAUAAAAAUCACGUAUUUGCAAAUGCUUUUAGCUUGCCUCUUCAACGAUUUUUGGAGCAACACAAUUUAGCAAAAAAUGCAAAUCCUGAAUCUUCAACGUGACAUCUCGGAAGGCGAAGUCUCAAUGGCCACACCAAUUUACCCACACUGUAAGUUUAGCGCUUCCGUGGUCUUCAUUUUUGAUCUCUUUGCUGAGAGGCUUGGAAUAUUCAGGAGUAUCUCCGGAUCCUUGGGUGGACUCGACACCAUUAUGCCUAUGAUGAAGAAUUUUACUUCUUCUGUUUGGAUGAGAAAGAGCUUUCUUCAGUGUGUUAUAAAUGGAGAUGCAGCUAAGUCUAUGGUAAAUAAAAUGCUUAAAAAGCAUCUGAAACGUUUGGAACAAAUUGGAAAUCAAGUUCCACAGAUGAUUCAGGCCAACAAAAAGUUAUGUGAAGAACUCCGUGACAACAAGCAAUCACACCAAAAGAUUAUAGAACUGUACGAGCCAAUUAGGAACUCUGCUUCUGCCAUAAGAGGACACCUAGCUGCAUUUGGGCUGAGAGAGGUUUGUGCUCACUGCAACGAGGAGUUGCAGUGGAAGGAUGAUGCAUCUGCCUUUCUUGGGUGUGGUAUGUUUGCCUCUGUGUACAAAGGGAAGAUGAGAGACAUGGAUUCGAGCAAAAAGUAG